ACAGGUGCUCAUUCUCUCUCUCUUUGCCUGAUUUCCGUUUCACGCCGACAACACUAAUGCAACACUAAAGCGAUUACAUUCUUAAACUCUUGUGGUUAAACAAAGUGUCACAAGAUGGCGCUGCCGUACAGCGCUACUGCUGUAAUAGGCGACUGGAGGAUUGGUGGAAGAAAAGUAGGGAAACGACAAAAGACGGAGACGUACAAAAGCACAGUUCGCAAUAGGGGAUCAGAAAAUUUGGGCGUGGUAGUUCAUAGUGCUUUUUUUUUUCUUUUUUCGUUGUUUAACCUAGGUAGGACAUUAGGCAGUAUAAUGGCAACAGCUUGGUUGCGCAACUCACCGCCCCGUUCCAAAGGGGACGCUCAUAACAUCCAUCCAUCCAUCCGUCCGUCCGUCCCACGGAGGAAGGAAACUAAGGAGAGGCCCUGACGUCACUCUUUGUGAAGCAAAAGUGAAGCCGGAAUUUGGCGUUGCUCAUGGCGAUGCUCCGCCUUUUGGGCCACCCUCCUCUCUUGUUUACAUCUUUCGCGAAACCACGCCGCGCUGCGCGUGGUGUCGCGCGCUCGCGCAACAUCUGGCAGAGCACGGUGCAGGUAACACAGCGCAACAAGACACGGUGACUAACGCAAACCCGCCCACUCAGCGCCUUUGCCACGGCCCGAAACCUACCAGAGCAACACGUGUGAGCGCUCAAAACCAUAACAACGCCGCCAUUGUGGCCCAAAAGGCGUGGCCAUACAACAAAAAAAAUAAAAAAGCAGCAAAAAAAUGAGAACCUACUACGUCAUUUCCGCCACACUUUUCUCCUAGCGCGCGGAGGGGGUAGGGCCUCUCCUUAGUUUCCUUCCUCCGUGGUCCGUCCGACCGACCGACCGACCGACCGACCGAGGAGGUUAUACUUAAACAUCCAUCGCCAGAACCCCAUAUGGUAUAAAUUAUUCCGGCGUUCCCACUACUGCGUGUCUUAUUGCACGUAAAAUCGCAGAACAUUUUUUGCAACCGAAAUAAUAAUUUAUUUGUGGUUUAAACUAUCUACGGCGGCAAUAUAUGUUUUAUUACGAAGUUACACACUUAAUGGAUGCUUCAAGUUUUCAUACAUUUUUGCAUUUUUAUGAUGUUUCUUAGAAAAAUUCCGGCCUAAAUAUAGUAUGCCCUCCGUGGCCACUGGGCUUUGACUAUUCUGUUCAAUUGCAACCAGUUUUAUUCAAAAAGGUUGAGCGGCUGCCUUACAGUAUUAGGUAUAUAACACUAGCAGUCAUUUGAAUUAGUUGCAAAGGCCAUCCGUCAUCUCUCCUUCGCAGUCCCAAACCCAUCCUUUCGUACCUUUACACUUUUUUUAUUUGUGCUUUGUAUUACUAUAGAUGUAAUUGUAGAACGUUUAAACGGAGUAGAGCAGCACCGGUUAAAAAUCGUCGCAGCCUGCAAAUUUAGUCGCGAUGGUGUAAUGCCACGCUCUGAUUGGAAUAGAUUGAAAAAGAAGCAGACAUUUAGCAAAAACAAUUGGUCUCCACUGCUAAACUGCUGUGAAUUCUUCCGCAGCAUUGAGUAACGGAACCAAAAGACCGCGCGCAAGGGUCACGAAACCGAAACUAAAAAAAAAACAGACAUACUCGCUUAAUACUUGACAGCAAUAAAAACAGAAAGCAUAGCUGCAAGGCACAUUUUCCCAAAUUCUGUUUAAAUAUCGGUGGAUUGCUUUGGUCGCAGUCAUAAUAGUGAGAAUUUUUUUGAUCGCUGCGUAACAGCGUUUAUUUUUGUCAAGUAGCGACUUCUCCUGGCACUCGCCAGGGCGCAGCACGGUCGAACGUCGCGCUCUGCGCGUAAUGGUAACCCCGUCGCCUGUUGUGUGUAUGUUCUGUUUCUUUGACGCGCUACUCGUUGCCCCAGCCGCGUGCAAUGUGACAUUGAGGGAACCAAACGACGGAGAGAGGCCUCCUCCUACGAGACGGGGCACCGAGCGAAUGCGACUCUACCGGUAACCUACAUAACGCGCACCCAAGAAACGCUGCCACAGGCUCGCCCCGACGAAAAAGAGACGGAUGCGUACGGGCCCGUGGCCCACCGAGGAAAAAAAGGAUUGCGCGUCACCGCUAACUUUCGGCCGUCGUCGUUUGUUUCGUGCCGAGGCGGACGGACGACGCGUCACGCGUGCGUGAGCGCCCGUCCCGUGCGUGUAUGUGUUUGUGUGUGUGUGCGCCGCUCGCGCCACUGCGCAGUUUUCUUUUUUUCGCCUCGACGAGUGGUGUUUACCCCGGUCCGACGUAGCGAGGGAACAAUGAAUUUCGCGCAUCCGCUGCCUCGCUGUAGCUGUGGCGAUCCGUCGACGCUGUUUCCGCGGCUGCAUCAGUACUCUGUCAACACGUCGUCGUGGUCGGGCCGCACAUUCGAGUAAGCGGCUCGUGUUUUGAUUGUGAUCUGUGGUGUGUGUGUGUGUGAUCGCCGACGACUCGCCGUCCCCGCAACGUCGUAGACCUCCUCCUCGCCACACUGUUUCACCACCACCACCACCAGCCCAGCUGUUCUUCUUCCAGCCAGGAAGAGUAGGCGGUGGCGACGUUUGAUUUUGUUGUUGUUCUUGAGGGUCAAGCGGGAGUGAGUGUUCGUGGUCGUCCAGAGCGGACGCCCGUGUAGCAACGACGACAACUGUGUGAGACCGCGCGCUUGGCAGUGUUUGCCGAUCUCGAAGGUCGGCGGCGGUUUACCAGUACCGCCCAGCGCUGGUUCGUCGGCGCGUUCCUUGGAGAGCGAGAGCUGACGCCAGGCCGCUUGUCAAGGCAGUCGACGCGCUCGCGCACCUUCCCAUGUCGCUGUCAUCGGCGCCGCCGACGACCGCAGCUACUACGCUAUGCAUUCUUCGAAUUCCUCACCGCCUUCGUCGUCGCGUCGGCGCAGCGGCGGAGGCAGUCAUCACCCCGGAUCCUUCUUCACGAUUCCCCGAUGGAUGGGCGGCGGUGGCAGCGGCGGCAGCAAAAAGCAGCUGCAGUACCGAAGCCUGCGAUCGCUCGAGGACCCGACGCCGACGUCCGCCGCCGCGACGACUUCGGGGCGUCGCAAGCGCCCUAGCCUCUUCGAUCAGAUGGUGAAGCGCUUCUUCACGCCUCACGUCGGUCACCACCAGCGAGGCGGGACGUCGUCGGUGGAGUCGUCGUGGAACGGGGGCGUCAAGUACCCCGCGCCCUCUCGAAGUGGUUCACUGAGGGACCUUCGGACCCGGGCCGUGGGCGGGGACCCCGGCGGCGGGGAUGACACGUUCUUCGCGGGCAACGGAGGCAAGAAACACCAGGACGGCGCCGCCGGAUCGUCCCUGUCUCGGACCGCGGUUCCCGCCGUGGCCGGGAUUCGAAACGAAGGCAACACUUGCUUCAUGAACGCCGUGCUCCAGUGUCUCAGCAACACGGACGCCUUCGCCGAGUACCUGGUCUCCGGCAGCUACCGCGAGGACCUGGGGCGAGCCAAGGGUCGCGGCGGGGGCUUCGCGUCGCCUUCGGCGCGCGUCACCGAACAGUUGGCGCACGUACUGGGCGCCUUGUGGUCGUGCCGGACGGAGGGCGACUUCGCGGCGCGCUUCAAGGCUUGCGUCGAGAAGCACGGCAGCCAGUAUCAAGGCAGUGAGCAGCACGACGCGCAGGAGUUCCUCAUGUGGCUCUUGGAUAAAGUUCACGAGGAGUUGCUCGCCGACGACGCGACGACGUCGAGCGGUGGUGGUGGAAGUUCGUCGUCGACCAACACGGCCUCUCGGUCGAGGCGCGGAUCGCUGAAGCGUUCCAAGAGCCGAUCGUCCUCGGUGAAAGGCGGCGGCGCAGCGACACCAUGGCAGGGGAGCCCCGUUGCAUCGCUGUUUGCCGGUCAGCUUCGUCUCCGGCUGACGUGCCCGCGCUGUGGCCAGCAGAGCAACACCUUCGACCCAUUCGUCUGUCUCUCGCUGCCCAUACCGGCGGCAAGCCAGUGGCUCUGUCAUGUUCACUUUGUCCCACGCAACUCCCCGCCUACGAAGCUGGCCUUCCACAUGGACUUUGGGGCGCCGAUGGAGCAAGUGCGACUCCGGAUAGCCACCGAGUGCCACAUUCCACUCGACCAGCUACUGCUGCUGGAAGAGACCAAAGAAGGGUUUGGAUUGCUGUUCGAGGGCGACGAGAUUGCCAGCGCUUUGUCAGCAAACUCCCGCCUGGUCGCCCUGGAGCUUGCGCCUGCAAGCACGGACCCAGCCGUUCCCAAGGACAGCCAGAUCCUCGUGCUGUGCCGGUCGAGGGUCGGCACGUCUGGGCCUUGCCUGGGUGCCACGCGAGCAGCCUGGGUUUCCAGGGAAGUCUCGGUGUUGGAGCUGAAGAAGCAGUUGCUCGAGGGCAUCCCCACAUCAAGGCAGUCAGCACUGAAAGACCAGGACUUGGUGAACAGGCUGGAUGUGCUGGUGUGGGACGCGCACCUGAGCCUUCCGGCGGACGUGGACCACCCGCUCUUUCUGGAGUUCGUGGACUGUCUGCUGGAGGCGUCGAGGGACCUCGCGCCUGCGCCCUUGCUCCGAGUGGUCCUUCAGUGGGAGCCGCAGGUCGCCGACCGGCUGUUCCUGGCUGAAGAUUCCAUCGUGGAUGACAUCGGUGUGACCCAGCAGGAGCCGGAGCCGUCGGUGUCUCUCUCGGACUGUCUUGCCUUUUACUUCACGGAGGAAAAGCUGGAACCGGAGGAGGCCUGGCUGUGUCCCCAGUGCGACAGUCGGCAGCAAGGGUUCGCACAGCUGGGGCUCUGGUUCUGCCCCGAGAUCUUGGUCAUACAUCUCAAGCGCUUCCAUCAGAAUGGAGGCCGGCACAGCAAGCUGGCGACGCGAGUCGAGAUUCCUUUUCAAGACCUGGACCUCAGCAGUCACCUCUGUCAGGGUGCAUCGGGGUCGAGCAGCGCCCUCUACGACCUGUAUGCCUUCUGCAGCCAUCAUGGGACAGGACUGCAGGGGGGCCACUACACGGCUUGCUGCAAGAAUCCCGUGGACGAACAGUGGUACCUGUUCGACGACGCCAGGGUCCGUCGAGCCUUGGACGAAGAUCUGGCCGCGCGCGACGCCUACCUGCUGUUCUACCGGAGGCAGCCGGCGACGUCACGCGUGACGCGCUCAGUUUCUCCGGGCCACUGGUUCACGAGGACUCCGCUGCCGACAAGCCGGAGCCACCAACACCUGGCACGCAGUUCGCCGUUGAGGAGCACCAGUAACCUGUUGGUGCGCGGUGAGCCAUUACAGCAGGCCUCGUCCCCAAGUGACAGCAUCGACACUGACCCCGGUGCGCUGUCGCCGGCGUCUCCUCCUUCCCUCCGGGAACUUGGUACUGACUUUUCGCCGUCGGCUGUAAAGACAAGUUUGAUGGAUAGCUCGGCGUCAUCUGAUAUAACACCAAGCCCGGUCGAGAGUUGUUCCCUGUCGCUGUCAUCUGGACGUGCCUCCGACAUCCCGACAGAAAAGCUUAACUGCCUCAGUCCGCCACCAAAGACAUCGCCAACGAAGAGCUCGCCGACGAGGACGACUCGCGGCAGCAGCUUCCGGCCGCGCCCCACUUACCUCAGCACAUCUCCGACAAAGUGGUCGCCCAAGAAGGCAGGUGGCAGCAGCGGGCGGAAUUCGGGAACGGAAACAUCGGCGCUGCGAGCCAGUUCCUCUACGACAACGACGAUGACAAAGCCAUGGACCGGUUACGACACCAUAUCUGCAAAGUCGGCAGUAGAUGUGGAUGCCUCUGGGACAAGAACCGGAAGAGUGGCGCUCCUGGCGGCAAAGUUCUCGCAGCCAGCAGGCGUGGCCUCGUUGUCGAAGUGGCCCUGCAAGUUCCCGGAGGUUGACGACCUGGAGCAGACCCUGCCCAGCCAUGGCGGUCGCGGCGGCUGCUCACCCAUGAAUGGUGACGAGAACUCGUUCGUGCCGGUCAAUGGCAUGGUCUUUCAGAGCCAAACGCUGCAUAGUGCGCCCGUGCCUCUGUCACCCGAGACACUUAACCGCCGGAUCCUGUCGCCCCGUGUGACGCGGUCGUCGAGGUCGGCUCGGAGCCUCAACCCCAGCUUCGACUAUGAACAGGAUGUCAUUGGCCGAGAGAACAAGGCUACUUCCACAGCUGAAGAUGCCGGAACACCUGCGUCGCUUAAAGAAGCAUUCUGGACAAUCACUUCUGUCUGACCAGCUGUACGCGAGCUGGUUGCUAAGCAGCCGCGUAACACAUUUAGGUUGAGUAAUGAAAACCUGCCGCAACAAGCGCCACAACCCCUUGCAUUGCUCCAUGGCAGUUGCACCAGUUGAAAACACUCAGCGUGUAAAGAUUGCAUCAGAAAGAAGCGGUCUGCAACAACAGGCAGCCAUGUGGUAGGACAUGAUGGUCAUUACAUCCGAAGGAAGCUGACUGCAAGGACAGCAUUGCCUCUGAAUUGAAGCCGAUUGCAAGAUAAGACUGUCAGCUGCAACGACAGGACAGUCAGCCUUGCAUCUGCUGGAAGCUGACUGUAAUGACAGCACUGUAAACACUGCAUUUGAAGCAAGGCGACGGCAACGACAAGGCAGCUGUGACUGCAGUCACUGAAGGUGAGGACAGUGUGUGUGUGUGUGCGCAUGGUCCGGACUCCGGUUGCAGUCACUCUGCAAUGUUGAUAAAUGAGAGACGGUUGGCACUGACUUUCCACACAACGAAAAAUGCACGUGGCCACCGCGCCUUCUGGAAACAGUGUGAGCAGCCUACGACGACGUCAUUUGUCUAGUCUUGUUUAGCCCCCUUUUUCCCUUCAACGUCUUGAAGGGCCCUCCCUCUUCAUGUUAUGCUGCGAGAACCUGUCGUUUUGCCUUGGAACCCCCCCCCCUCCUGCCUCCCUCCUUGUUCCCUUUUUUAGAGUGUGUUAUAUAUAUAUAUACUUCUCGCAAGUUGUUGUAUUUUUUAGUUGCCCGAGAGUUUUCUUUUAUAUAGUUCCCCAGAGUCAUUCGUAUAUUCGUGGAAUGAGUAUAGAGAAAUAUGCGACAAGGUUGUGAAUGCUUACUCCACAGAAUGCACCCAUAACAGUGUUGUCUCCCCCUUCCCAGUGUUCCCCCUAGCACUUUGUUGACAGGAAUGUCGUCCUCUCAUCAUAAUCAUCGGCUAAGUUUAGCUUGGUUGUUGCAGCAAUAAGGCAUAAAAUGAGUGGGCGUCUGCUCGGCGUCUGCUGGCCGUCUGCGCGACAUCUGCUCGACGUUGCACAGGCUCGAAGUUCUUUCUUACUGCACACAAUGACGACAGCGCUUCCAUUUGUAGUCAGGUUACUGCUCAUAGAAUCAAAAGAAAACCACUCACAAAGAACGAAGGAGUUUCACAAUUAACGUAGAAGAUUUUCUAUGAUGCUAGUAGUUUUUUAUACCAGUCUUUCAUAUUGUCUCCGAAUUGCGGCAACUCCUGUGACCAGCAUUGUCGUCUUCUUUUGCACGGUGCAAGCAUGCAUGGAAGUGCAAGAAUUUUCUGUAGUUGUGUCCAUAUCUAUGCUGCAACAGCUGCAUAUGGACGUGAUAAGUUAAAACUCUUGUUAGCUGUGUUUUUGGCAUUCAUAAUAGGCCCUUUUCAGAACUGUUGAUUUGGCUUUCUUGCAUAGCUGGAUGCCCUAAAUGUGGCUAUGAUUCCUGUAAUUAAAAACGCCAUCGAAGUGUUAAAAGGCAUGUUUUUAACUGCAUUGCAAACAAAUAUUUCACAAAGCAAAUUGCAGUAGCAGCAGAUGUGUACGCAGCAUAAACAAUAUGUUGACUGCUUUGUUUAGGGCACAAGGCGUUGCAGUAAAGUUCUCCUGCUGUUUGUGAAAAAAUACCAUCAGCCUGUUUCACAUAGUGGGGAAGUGGCCAUUCCUGCACUGCCUUUUGGAAAAUGUGGAAGCACAGCAUUGGUUGGAAUGGUGGUUUUAUGGCUCUUUCAUAUUUUUUUCUGUGUGUGUACGUCUGUUAAGUCUUUUCCAUGCCAAAAGAAAUGGCAUUGAAAUUUAUAUCAGGAAAAUUGUUAGUAUGUAGCAAUUACUUAUCCCUGCUAAACAACAUCACUCUAUUUAGUUCCAGAAGUGGCUUCUUAAAGAAAAUUUCCGAGAGUACUUCUGGCAUGCAAGCCAAAAAAACAUUUAAAUAUCUUGAUCUGGUUGUAGUGCCACUGGCUUUCUUUGCACAACUGCAAAGUUCACUUUUAGGAAAGCCUGCACCGCGUCAUUCAGGGAAGAACAAAGUUGAAAGUUGGCGUUGAUGCACAUUUAUCUCGUAGAAGGGCUGAGCUUUGACAUCGGCAAAUGCAUUCCCAGUCAGCAAAGGGCAGCAAUAAGCAGUUACACAAAAAGUUAUUUAGAACCAUAAAGACAUUUUGUGGUAAUAGGUAUGAACUAUAAAGAUAUUUGAGGCUCAUUCUCAUCACUGGCACACGCUGUGAGCUGUACAUCGACCUGUGACAAGCUCCAAGUCGUCAGCCCUGUUGUAUUUUUGCAGAUGCAUAACUCGCGCCUGCAUGUAACCCAUGACCAUUAUUACAGCCUUGGACAAAGGCAAGGAAAAUGGAGAAGAAACGCGUACUCAUACGCCCACUUCACAGCAGUUCACCCUGAAUUGCCACGGAGCCACAUUUUAAAGUAAAGUUUGCGUAUAGGAGACACUCCAAUUUUCUACUGGCACUUAUUGAUUUUUCAACAUGGCUAGCAUGCACAAAAAUUUGGCUUAUUGGGUCAACACGUCGUAGUCAGUAGGACUCAUCCGCAUCAUGGGAAAGGCUUGGCAGUGCUAAAAUGUCAGCGCGGACCAUUUCUUCCAUGUUGAAUAGCCUUGCCGGGCUAGAAAGCUGACUUGAAGUUUCUGAAAAGGGUCUGUUUGGUGCCUAACGUUAAGCAAAUUUUUUAUGAAUUUUUUUUUCUUGUAGCAUAUACUUUGGCAAAGAUUAGUAUGACUGUGGCAUCACUGUUAAUAUCUUUAUGGUUGUUUGAAUGGAAUCUAAAGUGAGCAGCCCUGUGUGCUUUUAACUAUAUGCUAUGCAGUCUGCUUUUCCUGCAGGGUCCAUGGUUAAAAGCAAUGUAGCAACAGAGAGUUGUAGAUGACAUGAAAUCUGGUCCUGGUACAGUGCAAGUCAUGUCCAUAGUGUGUGCCGUAUUGUGACUGGAAUUCCAUUGCUCUCUUGUGACAUCUCUGACUGACCAUUCCCAAGCACUUCGGCAUUAUUUCUCUAGUUUUGUGAGGCAGCAACUAGGUUUUAUUACAGGACGAUGCUUGUUUCUAUUAUAAGUAAAAAUUCAUUGGGACGUUAACAAAAACGUCCUGGGGAGCUGGGGCCAACAGUGUAACCACUUUGCCUGAUGGGGCCUUAGGCUGCUGAGGCGUAAUCGUACGAUUGAACUGAACAAUACAAUUUCCGGACACGGUAGUGUGAGGCGGAUGCCUCAUAGUUACAAGGAUAGUGACCAACAGUACAAGCACAAGUUGCUGUCGUUAGCGUAAUGUGAAAAAUAUAGUUACAUUACAUGGUCUAGAUGGGCAAUAUAAUUUUUAAGUAGCUUUUCUUCAUGAGACAAAAUAACAGCAAUAAGAAAAGUAAACUGACAGGUGCACCAAGUUGAGCAGGUUGGUAAAGUGGCAUGGAAAUUGAAAAAGCGCUCAAAAUAGACGAGGACCAAAGAAAAGUGUCCAUAAAUAAAAUAACAGCGCAUGUUACGUCUACCUUUUCUUUGUCCUCAUCUUUCUCGAGUGCUGUUUAAUAAUCGCUAUGCAAGAACAGUACCAACCAUAACCGUAACUGAAAAAAUAAAGGUAACUGUAAAAAAACACAAGGAAAAGGAAAGAGGACAAAAAGACAACUUGCCCCAGUUUGAAGCUGAACCCACAUCUUCUACAUAACAUGUGAAGCGAGUCCAUAUGCAAGCACGUAUUUUGUAAAAACAUUCAUGGAAGCCUUUAGCUGGUAAUAAGCAUGAAAAAGGAAGCAUCCUGGACCAAAUGAAAUGCGGAGAAUAACAAAACAAAGUAAGAGCCAAUUAUCAGUGUUAGAGUCUGCUUAUCUUGGAAAUGUAGCUGUCUCGCAUUACUGUGUGGUCCUACCGGCAUGCUUUGAAGUGGCCAGUCAAAGAUACCAUUAAAAAUUCACUGUUGCUGGCAGCUCUGGUGCUACCUGGUACAGGGAAACAUAUUGUGCUGUACAUUCCUACUUUCUUGCUCACUUUUUUUUUUUUGGCUUGUGAUUAUGAGCAUACAGUGCUUGCUUGUCAAGUGGCAGCCACCCUAACCUUGUUUACUUCUGGUCUGUAUGGUGCGGCUGUUAGGGAGCUGUUAUGCUAGGUACCUGCGCCGGCAUUACUGGUAGUCUUUAUAAACAUGGUGUCAGCCAGGUCAGUCGGUAGUCGUGCACGCAAGCCUGUCGGACACACAACCGAAAUUUUCGGCAUGGACGAAUUUUCGUUGAACUUCGGAAUCCACAGUUGUCGUACUGACUGAAGUUUCUGCGGUGAGAUGUUUAUCGACGUGACGACAGAAGGAUAUGAUGUUAGACAACGUACCGAUCGUGUCGAAGAGAGCCGACUGCCGUUGCGACAGUCAAUUCUGUGGUUGGCUCGAUGUCCUGUCGCUUUGUAAGGACAGUUCUGUCGUAGUAGAAAACUGUCGCUGCAGGAUAUCCAGCUUACAGUGGAAGCUUCCAUCGCAUUUUGGGACAUUCUGUGUCGUCUUUCUUCAACAGGGUGUGCCUAAUCUACAACUUAACAUUGGCAUUUAAGGCUGAGCCUCACCACAAGUUUCAUUCAUCACUACGCUAAGACAGCCGUAGCACUGGUCUCGCCGGUCCAUCCAUCCAUUGACGGUUUCGGGGGGUGGUGUGUAUCGUACACUGCCAGAAAGAGCUAUUUAGGUGUUUAUAACUUGACGAAGAUAGCAAUUAUAGGCAAGCAUCUGUUACAAAGUAAUGAAGGGCACGUAGUCUUGCUUGGCCUGGCUUUUUGAACCCCAAGAGCUCGGGCAUAGUCACAAAUUGCACUCACAGCUGAGAUGUUUGUCAGCAGUAUAGAAGAGACGCAAAGGACUGUCGCUUAGUGGCAGAUUUCAUUUUUUUUUUUCUUUCACGUUUGCAUGUGCAACGAAGCUAGGAAUAUAAUUUAUUUUGCGAACACGCAUACACGCAGUUACAUUUGCACCGAUUUAGUCGUUCGCAUAACUGACUUGGUUGAACAGCGUGCGCAUAGUUUGAAUUAUUAUUCUGGUCUCGUCAGUUGUAAAGGUGUUCAGCGUUUCUCAUCUUUCAUCACCAUAGAUCUGCGAGUUUGUGCUUUUUUUGUUUUUAUGCAGAUAUGUACACAUUGUUAUCUUUAGGUGUACAAUAUGUGAUCAUAGCGUGUUUGCUAGUGAGCGAUGUAGUGCAACCAAAAGGGCUAGAGAUGCCACGCUUCGCUACUCUUGUACUCCCGGACACGCAACGAUAAUCGUUUGAAAAGGAAUGUUACCCAGCUGUGUGAAUGUUUAAGGUAUCUCUAAGCUUUUCACCAUUUACUAACCUUUUGCUCAGGGCUCACCUUCGUAUGGUCCACCUUACUGUAUAUGUCAGCAGAAAAGGUCAAUUGGGGAAGCAGCUUCCAGAAGUAAUGUUGAGGGCUGAAAUCUACAUUUUCUCUGUACCAUUCGUGAAUUAUUACUCGUAAUACUGCUGCCUGUCCCUGUGCUAAAUGUGUCAGAAGUCUGUAACUGUCUUAAUGUGCAAUGGGAGGUGCCAGUGAUCUGGCAUGUGUUACUCCAAACUUUCUCCAGAAUUUGCCUGCAGUCCAGCUUGAAUGCCACAUUCCAACUAAGAGAUCCGUUGCUUUAUCCACAGUCCUUGUAAGUGCAUGUGCCGCCUGCAGUUGCAUGCAAAUAGCAAAGUGUGCUCAGUGUGAAAGAUCUCUCAACAUUCUUAACGGCCUCAUACUCUUUUUUUUUUCUUGACCGUACUUGUCAUUUGCAAGCUAGCUGUUGUAAGAGCCAAGUGCAGUGCUAGUUUCAAUUUGGCCCUGCACUCUGUCUAAUGUCAUUCUGACUGAUGAUCUUGGACUAAGUGGAAAACUUAAGCUUUUUUAUGUGCACUUGACGGCUGCUUGUAAACGAGAAGGCCGUAGAAGUUCGACACAAGCGAACGGCUGUAUUUGUGAAAGCAGAUCGACUCGAUGGGAGACUUCCUCGACAUUGCCGAGCAGAGGGUUAGUGCCGGUCACUAUUCGUGUAGUCGCCAUACUACGCUGACACACUUCUGCGAUUUACAAACCAUAAAUUUGUAAUCGAGGCUUUUAAAAAAAUGGCUUUUUUUUUGCGAAGGCAAAUUGACUUGCAGCACUUUCUCAACAUCACCAAAUGGAGGGUUAAUUCCUGUCAUUAUCUAUGUACCGCCCCAGCAUCGGCAAUGUGCUUAUGCGAUUUAGGAGCCAUAUUUCGUCAAAACGCACUGGAGAGUGGAGGGUUGCUACUCUAGCGUCAUCUCAUUGGUGGGUUCCUGCACGCCUGUUAGCAAAGUUCAGUGUCUACUUCUGUCGGAGUAGCACCAAUGCUGAGUUUGUGGAAGCAAGACCCUCCAAGUCGCAUUGUGAUCAUGAUUACAAGAAAUAAGCUGUGCAAAAUGUUGACUGAGCGCAAAUUUUUACCGUUGUGAAUACGUGUGAGCUUUUGCUGCCGAAGUGUGCAUCUCCCUACAUGUUUCACAGUCUCGUUGGGAUUGCAACGCUGUUUCACCUAAGCCUUUCUUGUUCAGAGGACCAAAGCAAUGUGGUGAUCGGUCGUGUGUGUGCGUUUAUCAGCAGAAAAAGGAAAAACACAGCACUUCUUAGGAUUAAGAGAGUUCACAGGUAACCCAGGCACGCUUUCCAAGGCUCACUGCUUGUUUGAAACUCGUCAGUGAAAUGGAAAUAUAUUUUAUGCGGCAGUCCGGUAUAUAUAUCCUACAAGUUUCGCUCGGCAAUAGCACGUAUGUUCUUUCUCUGGAAAGAGCUACUGUCUGAACAUGGACAUUGAGAAGACGUUUGACUCUCGUUAGGCCAUACAUGUUCAUAAAGCUGACGUAUCUGUUUUUCUUUUGUUUCUUUUCUUUUUUAACUGACAGAACAACACAAUUUUGCCAGGGAACUGUGAAACAGUAUCUUAAAGCUACACUUCUUAUAGUGGCUUGGGCUUACAUAUUCUUACUGGGGCCUGCUUCAGAUGUGGAUUAUCUUUUACAUUGGUGCGUAGGCAGCUGAUGAGGAAGCCUCGUUACUUUAUUUAUUUAGCAUCAUUCCUGUACGCUUGGCAUUGCAUUUUUAAUGUACAUUAAAGCAUUGAGUUCAUGUCUGCAAGAAUUUAACAGGCAUGUUCUCACAGCCUUCGAGAAGAAACAUUUUUUAAAAGUUUGUUCAUUUCACUUGGCUUCUAACUUCGUGUGUGUGUGUCUGUGUUGUGCAAUCCAUCAACACUCUUGCGUUAAGAUAGCAGUGGCAAAUGUGCUGGCUUUUCAGGCUGUUCUUAUAGCUGCCUGCAUAUCUUUAUGCCUUGAGCCAUUUUUUAAAUAGCAUUGAAUAUGCAGGGUCUAUUAGAAGUUAAAUAUAUAUACAAUAUAUAAUAUAAAGUAUAUCAAUGGAGGGGAAGAGAAUAAUUUUUAUGUGGCAGCUUUGCCUGUGCCACUACAAAAUUGCUACAAGAGCUUUAUAGUUGGGAGUUCAGUUCUAUGCCUCAAGCGGCAGCAGUAGUCGAGUCUUGAUUUGAGGCAGCGGUCUGUGAUAAAAAAGUAUGUAUACAUAUAUAGCCUGCAUCCCAGUGUCCUGGUUGCUGCUAUAGUCUAGCUCUUUUUUUUUUCUUCUUCAUUUGUCUGUUACAAUAGUGCACCCUUUUGCCUAACCGCAAGGUCAACGUCCCUGCGCAGCAAAAACUUCUUCGCGGUAGUGGCAAGCCAUCUCUAUAGGAUGAAAAUUACGUGCAGUGCAAGUGAUUUCUUUUUAGCAGAAUCCCACUUUGCAUAUAAUUGGCUCUACACAAGAAUACAGUCCACCGAUUCUUUAACAGUACUGCAUGAGCGCCCACUGCCUGGCCAUUCAGUGCCUUCUAACAGUGCAAAAGUGGCAAGAUCAGCAAGAGAGCUUGCUGAUCUUGUCGCGUUGCACCGUUAGAAGGCGUUGACUUGCUGGCCUGUCGACGCUCGCGCGGUGCUAUUAAAGAAUUGGUCAACUGCGCAUCAGUGCGUUGCUCGUGUGAAGAUGCUGACUCAGCUGCUGCAUUGAAUAAGCUGCUGUACUAUCGUGGAUGACUGGAGCACGAAUGGGAUGGUUCAAGUACAUAUACAAAAAAAAAGGAGAAAAUAAUUUUAUUGAUAGCUUAUGUGUCAGGGGUAAUUCACUUGCCCUCGUAAUACAGUGACAUUUUGUUCCCCAUCAAAAAGGUAGAGAAGGCUGUAGCUAAAAGCAGCCCCCUAACAGCAGCUUGACAGUCACUGUCAAGGGUGGUACUGUGUCUUUUAGUCCAAGAACAGUACUACAGUUUUACUGUUGAAAUUUACAUUUUGCCAUGUGGUUUUCAUUUGCAUAUAUAGUAGCACAUGUGGCCGACUACCUGGUGGUGUGCAAGUCAGUGGUUUGUCCAGUCUCUGCUCCAGUACAAAAUGAAACUUCAUGACGCAAAUGUAUUGAUAACCAGACCACUAAGCACCAAGGCGUAGCCAACACAUUCUGAAAAGGUCAUGCCGCCAUAAUAGAGAGUUCUGGCACAGUGACUGCUUACUAGAGUAAACGUUUACAGGACGACUACCAUGAGACGUGCAAGUGAACAGCAGUAUUGGUGGCGCCAGCUAGCGACACAGUGUUCAACAAAAGCAUGCAAUUCUUUUAUUGCAUUGACCAGUGGCAUUCCACAUAUCGAUCUACGUAAGCGUGCCAACAGCGACCUAAUUCUAACAAAGGUAUUUUUGGAACUUGCUUUUGGUAGAAAUAUUUCGGGCUACACAAAAGGUCUGUGGCAUGUUAUCGUUGUGUGCAAUGUCAGAAGAUGGUGCUAGCAUCACUGCUGCUCCUGGAUAAGGCUUCUGUUAUUCCGGUAUACUUCUAUGUUAGUGUGUUGCCUGUUUGCUAAACUUUUCCAGUGAAGGAACUUUUGCUGCUGUUUGGGGGAACCUGACCUUAAAGUUCAUUAAGGGUGUAUUUUCAGGUCGUUCUGCGAGAGACUUGUAGGUAGGCUGAAUAAUGUGAAGUGAGGGGCGGCUCGUGUACAUAGUAUUUUGUUACAAAACACAGAUAUGAAGAGAUAUGUUUAGGUUGUGUAUGUAUUGGAAUUUCUUUUCUCCUGCACAUGUUGUAGUGGGAAACAGGACUUCAGAUAGUGCAAAAAGUUCUUAUAGUGAAAAAAUAGUCCCCGGUGUGAUGCAUUGCCCUAUAACGCAGCUGUACUUGUUUUUAGAACAACUGACGCAACGCAUUUUACCGUGCACCUUGUUCUGUUCACGUGUAGAUUGUACAUACAGAGAGGCUUGUUUUAUUUGUUAUAUAGUCUAUAUGCAUAGCUAUGCACGUGUUAUUUAGUUGUUGCAUUUUAACCCACACUUCAAAUAUUGUUUUUGUUCUUGCUUUUUUUUUCUAGUGCGCAAUGUGCCUCGAAUAAGCAGGCCACUGUAGAAUAGGUCACUCGGUUUUUGGCUGUCGUUCAUUUUUCACUUUUUUAUGUGUGUGAAGAAGCAACAAUGGUCGCAGACAGGUUGUGAUCAGGUUUUUCGAGGCCACUUUCGUCGUGCAUGGAAGUGUGUUUGCCACCUGCUUCUCGCGGCAUGGACGGUUGUUCUCUGUGCAAUGCCACCAUGUUGGGUUUGUCAACGCAAUGCCAAAAAUUUGUGAAAUCGCAGCUUAGAUAUCCCGGUUGUGCAUUUAAGGAUGUGGGCCUGAAUUCGCAGAGCAACCUCGCAUGGCACAGCACUUCGUAAGAACUUCUUUUGGCGAAUAACUUUUUAAGAUUAAAAGCCACUGGCCACUGACAAAUCGUUCUUGUGAAGUAAAAGCUUUGGGGAUUCCGCCCCAACCUGAUUAUCCUUUAUUUUCACCGCUGAUCCCAAAUGCCUUGUUUAAACUGUUCACCGGAUGAACGUUUUUGUAAUUUAGGAAUUUCUCUCUCUUUUUUUUUCACAUGGCCAACAAAUUGAAGCCUGCCAAAUGUGAGCGCUCUUGUAAAUUCGGGUUGUGAACUUGCACACAAGUCAUAAAUUGUAGCAUUGAAGAUUUAUUAUUCUGUGCAAAAACCCAGUUGCUAUAAAGUGAAAUCAAGUACAUAUGUAAGCAACAUCUACCAUGUAAGCACACUCAUUGACUCUUGAUUGCCUUGGGGUGUUUGUAUUCUUGAAAGUGUUUUGAAAAUGGUGUGGCACUGGUUUUUAAUUGAGAUGAUUGCUGUGCGCGCGCGUGUGAGCACCGUCUUUCUGCAAGUGUCUGAACGUCAUCACUGGUGAGCGAAUUGUAUUCAGAUGCUUUUCUUAGUGUGGAGGCUUGCUAUAGUGCAAAAUCAAUGUGUUUUCGUAUUGUACGCGUGUGGCCUUUGGUGUGGUGAUUCGACGAUCGGUUGUUCAUUCGGUUUAGAGCCUAAGCAGCCCGAGGCUAAUUAUUUAGAGUGGUACUCUCGGCUUGGAGGAGUAAUAAAAACACAUCUCUAAAGCUUUC